AUGUCGCUGCUUCCACUCCCCGUUGAACUUCUACUAGAGGUAUCUUCGUAUCUAGAAUUUCUUUCCGAUAUCGGCUCCCUCUAUCAAUGUCAUCCUCUUCUGUAUACUUUGUUCAAAGACAGAGUCAACGAGCUUCUCAAGACGGAGCAGUAUCUCCAACCUCUGGCGUGGGCCGCAGAAGCCGCGGUUGAUCUUGAACGCGGGGCACAGCUCAACCAGCCAACUGGCUCUUGCAAUCACACGCAUUUGCUCUGCACGGUCUUGGGAGUAGGUGUAAAUAACGUUAGAACUACUCGAUAUUUCGUCGGGAAAAUAACCAAGAGCAUCGUGGAUGAAGACGGGUAUGAGCAACUAUGUCGAUACUUUGACAAAGUUAGUAACUGCGAAGUACUGGCAAUAAAGCUUCUAUUGGAGAAAGGGGCCGAUCUUCUCUUUUUGAACAGAAGUGGGCAGUCUGCCCUGACCGUGGCCGCAGCUGCAUGGAGAGAUGAUAUUAAAACGGUCAAGAUGCUGCUGGGAUAUGUUGAUCAAAACGUUCUGACCAGUACAAUCAAGUCUCAUAUAUUGGCAGCUUCGAACUGA